AUGCCCCCUUGCUGCCUCCGGUAUGGCUUCAAAGCAUCCCCGAAAGUGGUUCACUGUUUGCGUCUCGGAGACGAAAUGUACACUCUCGCGAAUGUUCUGCCUACCUGUUCGAUUUUACUACUUGCCGACUAUUCAUCUCACACUCCAGGCCGCCUGAAUAUGGCCCAUUUUCACACUGCCGUCCUCUGGGCUGCUGUAUUCCAGCCUGGCCCGAAUCUGCCAGAGGUUUUUACUACUUUCCCCCCAGAAAAGUUGGAUGCCACCUCGAGCCGUAAUGAACCGAUUUGGUGA